CCCAUUACAACUUCCAGUUUCCCGUGUCACAAUGCGAAACCGCACAUCCGAAUGCGCUGGAAUUCGGUCCGUUCGGGAGGAAAUCGUGGCGAGAGAGCUUAUGUACUUUCCUCUUCGGUACUGACCCUGUGGUAGCACCCAUGGAAUACAAAUUAUCCUUCUUUCCCUCGUCCCCUUUGCCUUCCCAUCUCGUGAUUAUUUCUACCAUUUUGUGAAACAGCGUCAAUGACAUCAUCGCCUUCUUGAGCGACACACUCGAGACCACAAAUUCCUCCAGCAACAGCAAGCACCACCACCACCACCACCAUCAAGCAAGCAAGCAAAUUAUAGCUAGCAGCGCAUAUUAUCGAUCACAUAACAGCCAACAUGUCUGACGCAAUCGCCUCCUUCAUCCCCUUGGGAGCCAUCAUCCAGUCCCUCUACGUCGCCGGCACCAACAUCGUCCUCGGCUUCCCCUCCCAAAAGGCUUACGAGUCGCACAAUGCCUGCUUCUUCGGCGAGACCAUCGGCCGCGUCGCCAACCGGGUCAAGGGCGCCAAGAUCGACUCCCUCAACGGCGGGCAAUCGUACACCCUGGCCGCCAACAACGGGCCCAACAAUCUGCACGGCGGCGUGGUCGGCUGGGGCAAGAAGGUCUGGGACGGUCCCAAGCCCGUCGGCGUCAGGGAGAUCCCCGCGUUCGAGGGCAAGAGCGACAAGAUUGACGGUGGUGAGAGCGUCCAGUUCACGCUGGUGAGCGAGGACGGCGACGAGGGUUUUCCCGGAAAAGUAGAGGCUAGGGUGAUCUACACCGUUAGCAAGGAGAAGGGCGAGGAUGGCAAGGAGAAGGUUUUGCUUGGUAUUGAGUAUGAGGCGGAGCUGUUGGAUGGUGAGGUGGAGGAGACGGUCAUCAACAUGACUAACCAUUCAUAUUUCAACCUGACCGGCGGCCCUUCCAUCGAAGGCACCAUAAUCACCCUCGCCACGAACCAGUACCUCCCCGUCGACCAAGGCGGCAUCCCCACCGGCGGCCCCGUGCCCUACCCCAACCCUGCCGUCAAGAAUGGCAACAUCCCAUUCACCCUCGGCGCGGCUGAGCCCGACAUCGAUGACUGCUUCAUCGUCAACGAGGACCCUUCGUCGGUUCCCAUCGAUACGCGCUCGCUGCCUCUCAAGAAGAACCUCAGCGCGUUCCACCCCGAGUCCAAGAUCCAUCUUGAGGUGUACAGCACCGAGCCCGCCUUCCAGUUUUACACGGGCAAGUAUAUUGACAUUCCCGCGGUAGACGGCGUUCCCGCUCGCAAGCCGCGCAGCGGCUUCUGCCUUGAGCCCAGCAGGUGGGUCAACGCUUGCAAUGUGCCCGAGUGGAAGGGGCAGAUGUUGUUGAAGAAGGGAGAGAAGUAUGGAUGCAAGAUCCUGUACAGGGCGUGGAAGGAGUAGGGAGAUGUGGCGUGGAGGGAAGUGUGAAAAAACAGGCGAGAUUAGAUACCAACAAGGAGGCGCGAAUGAAAAUAGUCGUACACGCAAUGAUGCUCUUACAGUCCG